AUGCGGCAUCUCUACCCGCCGCUCUAUUCCUUAACCACCACAAGCUUCAUACAGCUUUUCUGUCUUCUAGCAACGGUUCGGCACACCUCCGCAAUACCUCACUCCAGCGGAACACUCUUAAGGGUAACAAGGCAAUCCUCCUUCGAAUCACUAGCCCUCCCCACAUGCGCGCUAACUUGCUUCAUCACCACCCUUACAACCGAUGGCUGCGACAACGAGACCGAUUUCCAAUGUCACUGCAGAGGCGGACGAGCGCUUGCUUCAGCUCAGAAUUGCUUGAAUACAGGAUGCGGAGAAACAGAUAGGAAAGAGGCGACGGAUAAAGUAGGCUUUGCAUGUCGCGCAGUAGGAAUGGACAUGGGAAACACUGGUUCGAACGAAGAUAGGAGCUCAGCUUCAAGCUCACCAACUCUGCAAGUCACGACUUCCACAACCCAAUCACAGGCAGCACCUUCCACCGCGUCGGUAACUAUAACAUCCACCUCCUCGCCCUCCUCCCUCACAACCUCCGCAAUCCCUUCAACCACUUCCAUCCCAAACCCCACAAACAUGCCUUUCGCUCCCCGCCCAUCGAACCGCCAACUCUCCGCCGGCGCCAAAGCGGGCAUCACCCUCAGCAUCACCCUCUUCUUCUCUCUCCUCUUCGUCUCCACAACGCUCUACAUUCGACGCCUGAAGCGCCAACUCCUCGCCGCACAGGCCGCUGCCGCAGGCGUGCCCGAAGACGUCUGGAGGGCGCAUAUCUCCACGGCGGCGGGACUGCCUGGGACGAUGGGACGGCAGGCAGAUAGGAGGGGUAGUUGGGGCAGUUGGGGGAGAGGGAGGUCGACGUCGAUGCCUACGUCGCCGGUUAGUCCUUUGGAUUCGAGUGCUGGCUUCGGAUAUGGAGGUGGAGAGAUGAGGGAGACGUCUCAAGGCUCGAUGGCGGGAGUCUUCCAGGGGAAGAAGAAUAGGGGUCAAGUGUUGAGCGUGGUUGUAGAACGGGUGGAGGAAGAAGAAAGUAGUGGGGGAUCGAUACGGGAGCCGGUUCCUGGGCAGAGGGAAGGGCUGGUGGAUCCGUUGGAGUUGGAUGGGGAAGGGACGGGGAUUGUAGAGUUGCCUGUUAGUGUUACGCCGAGGGCGAGGAGUAGGGAGAGGAGGUGA